AUGCAAAACUAUUCUAUAAAUUCAUUCCAAAAAAGAGGAUAUACUAUUAAGGAAAUAAAGUACCAUAACUUUAUUCUUUCAAGAAUUUUUAGCGUAUCUUUCCUUUUUUUACUUUUUCUUUUUCUUCAUGAUAGUCAUAAUCACCUAAAUAUGAUAUGUUUAGAGUUUCAAUUCAAGCAUAUUUUUUCUAGGAAAUUAGCUGAAUUAAAUGCUCAGGAAAAUGAUGAGCGUUUUGAAGAAGUUCCUGGAUUUAAUGGUGAUAAUUCAAGCAAUUCAACUUCAUUUGGAAGUGUAAGUUCAGCAGAACUUAUGUCAUUGUGGAAUGAUAUGCGUUUACAAAAAGAAAGAAAAUUAAAUGACACACUUUCAUCAUUAUUGGAUGAACUGAAUAUGCGUGCAAAUUUUUAUGGAAUAAGUGAUAGUAAAAUAAAUGAUAUGUGGUCAUUUAUUACAAAAGAAGCUUAUAUAAAGGUAAUCCAAAUUAAUCAAAAAAUUGAUGAUAAAUUAAGCAUCAUUACUACGGAUGGAUCAUGUACAUUCGAGAAUAAACAGAAAUUUAUAUGGGAGGCAAAUUUUACAUGGAAUCAUCUAAUUUACUGUAUAGAAAGACGAUUUUUUAGAUGUUUCAGUAAUUUAAAUUUAAUGAAUUAA